AAUCAAAGAAAAUAAAUGUCGAUAAGUGAAAUUAAUCAGUUUUUAUGCUCUUGUACAAUGUAAAUAUUAUUUUAAAGAAGAAAUUUGAAAUGCGUAUAGGAACCGUCAGCUUACAGCAACCUAACCUGCCAAAUGCAAUUAUAACGAUAAUCUAUGUACUAUGGAAACGAUAAUUUCAUCGAAGAAGUAGCACUUUUGUCGCUGCUCAGACGACAACGGAGAAGGGCUAAUAAGAGACGAUUUCGAGUACAUUCUCUAUGGAAACAUCGCGUGGACCAGGGAGCUCACGAAAAUCUAAUUAAAGAGAUGGUCAUGUUUGACCAUAUCUUGUUUAUAUCUCCAAGCGUUUUCCCCAGCCACAAUCCCCACUGCUGCAUUGCACUUAACACAGGCGGAGUGGUUGGUCCCCUAUUCGCUAUGUUUUUAAGGAUAAGCUUCUUCUACUGGAUUCAAGGCCUUUUUUCUUUUAUCUGAAGAAUUAUUAGGACAAUAAAUGGGAUAAAUUCCGAAGUUAUUGGGAUUGGUAAUCACCGUGCGAUUUGAUUUCGUAUUCCAAACCAAACAUUUGAAGGAAACACACGAUAAUUACAUGAACUUCCAUAUGAUACUUGUCUCAAUUCUUUUC